AUGACUGAGGAAGCUGUCAAGUCCUUCGAUGACGUCAAGACCGCACUUGUGAGUGCAACGCUGUUUGCCCAUCCCCGCGCUGAUGCUCAACUUACUCCCAUGACAGACGCUUACGGUACAGCCGUUGGUGCAUCACCUCAGAAAACUGUUAAUGGUUUUCUACAGCCUCUGGCUUUCUUCUCGAACAACCUCAGGCCAGCAGAGACCCACUACAGUGCCUUCGGCCACGAAUUCUUUGCCGUCUACUUAUCCAUCCGGCACUUCCAACAUUUCCUCGAGGGUCGCGAAUUUGUUGUUCUAACAGGCCGUAAGCCACUCGUUUUUGCACUGAGGGUCUCUCCCGAUCGAUAUUUGCCCCGUGAAAUUCAUCAUCUAGAUUUCGUCUCACAGUUCUCCUGCGACAUCCAACAUGUUCAUGGUAAGGAAAAUGUGGUUGCUGAUGCUCUGUAAAUAAUCGAUAUGGCUUCCGUCACAACAGACGCUAUAGACUUCACGCCCAUGGCUGAGGCUCAACGAUCGGAUGGUGAACUCUCCCAAUACCGCCACGAAAACUUUUCUUUACGCCUUCAAGAUGUCCCCCUUCCCACUGGCACUGGCACGAUAACGUGUGACCUUUCUACCGGACACGAACGUCCUUUUGUCCAUGCAAUUUUACGACGACAAGUGUUCAAAGCUCUUCACAAUAUAUUCCACCCUGGAGUCCGGACGACAGUGAACCUAAUCAAUGACCAACUCGUCUGGCCCAACAUCAACCAGGAUAUAUGGCGUUGGACCCGAUCUUGUCUACCAUGUCAGUGAGUCAAAACGCAUCGGCAUACUAUUACCCUGCCAGGUACUUUCGCCACUUCUGAUGCACGUUUCAGUCAUGUACACAUUGGCCUGGUAGGUUCACUUCCACCAUCUAACGAUUUUGCGUAUAUACUAAUGUGCAUCGACUGCCUUACUCUGUGGCCUGCUGCUGCGCCCAUUCCGGAUAUCAGGGCCGAAACUGUAGCAAAAGCUUCCCGGACUCAUUGGGUGUAUAAUUUUGGAGUUCGUGCGACCGUCACCACUGACCACGGAUCCCAAUUCGAGUCCACGUUGCUUCGCGAGCUCACUUUCCUUCUUGGUACCAACCGAAUCCGAAUAACAGCAUACCACCCUCAAGCAAAUGGUCUCGUCGAACGCUUUCGUUGACAGCUCAAGACUGUCCUUAUGGUCCAGCCCGAUCCUUCUCGAUGGUCCGAUCAUCUGCCUAAGGAGAUUUUGUCCCUCCGUUCCACUCUCAACGCCCACAUCGGCUGCACUGCAGCUGGUCUUGUCUACGGAACCUCCCUAGGAGUGCCCGGAGAAUUAAUAUCUACUUCAAACACGCCAACGUUUUUUUGAACCCUGAAGUUAUGUGGAGCGGCUGCGUAGUGUCACGCGCAAUCUCCUUGCACCGCCCCCUCGAGAGUCACCGACCAAUUCCUUCAUCCCUCCCGACCUGGAUAAAUGCGCUUUCGCCCUGGUUCGGCAUGACGCUGUCCGACGAUCACUCCAACCGCCCUGUAGCGGGCCGUAUUAAGUCCUUCGUCAAUCUGACAAAGAUGUUGUCAUCGACCGCAACGGCAAAACCGACACAGUCAGCACUGAAUGCGUAAAGCCGGCCGGCAUAGACGAUAGUGACCAUUGUUCACCCCAACAGUGAAUUUCCCAACGUACGCAGUAUGGAAAACUCUGAGACGGCCGCAGCCCACUAAGUCACCGAGUCCGGAUGUUAAAUCCGCAAAAGUUCUCUAUGAACUCGCAGACCAAUUAGUCCCACCGACCUCCAAGACCUUCGAAAGUUCAAUGGAGGCGAGGGCUCUGCCUUUUGACUGGAAGCUAGCCAACAUCAGCCCCAUAUAUAAAGGGCGAGAAAAAACCUCGCUAAAUAGCUUCAGCUCAUUGAGUCUCAAAAGCAUUUGUUGCAAAAUAAUAAAGAAAAUAGUGAAAAAAGGAUCGAUGUAUGUAUAUAUAUGUAUGUAUAUAUUUGAAGGGUUACAGGCAGAGCCCUAGAUGACCCUAUUUAUGUACAGUGCUUUCGCAGAUUCAUACUCAAAAAUAAAAUAAAAUUGCAGGAAUUUAAAAUGUGAUUGGGUCACAGUUCAAUCGUAAACAUAAGGUAGUGCAUAGGGUCACUGUAAAUUAGUGCGGAAGAUUGUAUAUGACAGAUUUUACAAAGCUGGCUGUGCAUAGUUAUGCUGUACAAGUCGAUUUCUGUCGAAAACUAGACGAGCAAGUUUUCUUUUAAACACACAAACUGUGUCAGCCGUCACCAUCUCGCUUGGAAGCGAGUUCCACGGCCUGACAACCCGCUGGCUGAAUGAAAAUUUUCGUCGGUCUAAACGCGUGCGUUCAUUCCCGACUCUGUAUGCAUGGCCGCGUAGUUGGUUUGUACGGGCGAACUCAAAAAAACCCUCUGCUCUUAAUGAGCAACCCUGGCCGCGAACAAUCCGGAACAUCCAGAGUAGACUGCAGUUUAUUUGUCUAUAAGAGAGAAGGAAUAGGCCAAGUAAAUGCAGUCUCUCCUGAUAAAACAGAUGCUUUUGACAGUCGACCAUCUUUGUCGCUCUGCGUUGCACAUGUUCGAGUAAGUUGAUAUCCUUCCUCAUCCAUGGUGAAGCUGCUGGCAUUCCAUACUCUAGAUGAGGUCUUACAAAGACACCAAAGAGUCUUUCGAAAGUUCGGGAGGAAAUAUUUUAAAUGCACGUCUGAUCCAGUGUAGAGUACUAGUUGCCUUCUGGACCAUCUUUCUACAGUGUUCUGAUGGCGAUAGAUUUGUGGUCGUCCAUACACCCAGAUCUCUGUGUCUUUCCACAGUUUCUAACCUCGUCCCGUCAAUAUAGUACUGGUGUUUCGGAGAGGCAUUGCGGCCGGUGUUCAGGUGCAAAACCACGCAUUUGGACACGUUAAACUUCAAAAGCCAUCUGUUCGACCAAGCACACAGUUUGCAUAUGUUCGAUUGCAACUUCUCUGCGUCAUCAUCACACUUGACUUCACUCCAUAUUUUUAUGUCAUCCGCGAAAAUGAGAGCCUCGAAAUUCACUUCGCUGAUACAGUCAUUAACAUAAAUCAGGAACAUUAACAUAAGUCGAGGCAGUUAGGCCGAAUAAGCCGAUUUUCUCGCCGUUUAAUAGAACUCUUGCUCCAACGGAAGCAAUGCGUCCCCCACCCCCUAACUUCUAUUCACCACGGCCGUUUUACCAAUGUAUUCCUCAUGCUAGUGUCCAUACUGGAUCAGUUAACUCAUCCUAUCCUCAGUUUCGUUCCGGCGGGAUUGUGUUGCAGCAUCUGCCCCGCGGAUUUCCAGCCGAAAAUGAGUAAGCUAUCAGUGGUUACCAGUUCACCUGCUCGUCCUUCCCUCCCCCAAGUCCUACCCCUUUUUAUCCACAUCAGAAUUUUUCGAUGCCACAAAAUUUUUUGCGGGACCGGAUGGUUGCAUGCGGACCGUUUGCUACGUGGGCAGCCCAGAACUGGACGAUGUAGCCCUUCUCCCUCAGAAACAUACAGCCUUUCCCUUCAAACUCUUUGUUUUGAAUGGCAGAUUCUUGCUCAAUAAGAUGCCUUUGAUUCAGUCUCUGAUGUUUGCCCAUUGUUCAGAUAUUGUUUAACUGAGACGUGGGCAUCAGCCUCAGUAGCUGACUCCGACCUCUCGCUUCUAGGCUAUUAUUGCAUUCGAAAUGAUCGUCAAGAUAGUCGUGGUGGGGGCAGCUGCGUCUACGUUAAGCAAACACUUACAUUCUCUCCGUUUGACCUCCCACAUUUUCCGCAGUAGAAGGCAGCUGCUGGCUCCAGGUUGCUUUAAAAAAUACGUUCUCCUUACUCGUUGGCUGCGUCUUUCUCCCUCCCAAACGACAACGACAAUCUUGAUCGUUUACUCUCACAGGCAUUUCAUGCUGCGGCCGACUUAAGCUUUAAGUAUAAAUUGGUUUCGGGCGUCUUUAAUCUCCCUGAAGUCCGCCGGUCUCCGCCUUCAGGCCCCAGAAGAUUCGAAGACUUUCUUGAGGCUGUGGAUGUUGGGAUGUGGAAUCAGGUUGUCGAUUUUCCCACCCGAGGAUCAGGCAUACUUAACCUAAUUUUCUGUAGAGGCUGCAUGCCAUCGUCAGUGUCAUUCCUAGGCCCACUCGGGGGCUCAGACCAUGACAUAGUUGUUUCAACGUUGGAAUUCGAGGCUGACAAAACGCUGUCCCCAAAGUAUAACUUUUUCCGCGAUUUCCGAUCAACUCGCUCAACCGAAUUAUUAACACACCUUAAUUCCUAGGACUGGAAUGAUUUCUUUCUUAGUUCGGAUGUAAAUGUUUGCACUGCAAAUCUGUACAAAAUUUUGGAUCCGCUUAUUUCUCGUUUUGUCCCCCGUAAGAAUAUUAUUAAUGUUGGGAAUGAGGUUUUCCUACCCUUACCCUUUCGUUGCAGAUUGCGCAGACUUUAUCGUCGAUUCCAUCUUCAGAACGAUGUUUCUGUUCUGCCCUUAAUUUGUGAUAUUUUUGAGCGGGCUAGGAGUUUGUCUGAAGAAAAACAGCUAGCCGAUGAGAUUCAGUUUGCCAAAAACCAUUCGUUAAGUGACUGGAAACUGUUCUCUAGAAAAAUACGAACUCAGAGAAAGACGCAGUAUCCCAUCCCCCGAGACGCUCUCGGAAAUCUCAUAGUUGAUGCCCAGUUAACCGCUGAUAGCUUCAAUGAUUUCCUGUCCAAAACGUUCAUUGAAGACUCGACCACUCCGCUUCCGACCAUCCAGGCACUGACUGGGAAAGUCCUAGAAACCAUAACUUUCACUCCAUGGGAUGUGACUGUUGCGAUUCGGCGUCUUCGCCAAUCUUAUAGUCCAGGAUCUGAUGGUAUUCCAGUAAGCAUUUUAUAGUCGAUGCAAAUACGAUUUUCCCAUCCUUCUAUUGCAAGAUGUUUAAUCUUGCUCUUGAAAGUGAAACUUAUCCUAACUUGUGCAAGGAAUCACACAUUUUGCCCAUUCCUAAGCACAGCAAAUCUACGUCAUUUGAUGACUUUCGUCCAAUAAACACCCUCCCCGCAGUUUCGAAGAUCUUAGAGACAUUGAUCAAACAUAAGAAGUUUUGUCACUUAACAGUGAACGACCUACUGAAUGCUGCUCAGCAUGGAUUCCUCAAAGCUCGAUCUUGUGACACCUGCCAGCUCUCUUUCUUCGACUAUGUUCUGCAAUCUAGGGACAAUGAUUUUGCACUUUACGCAUGAUAUUUCGAUUUCACUAAGUAUUUUGAUUCUGGUGCAAAAUAAAUGUAGCAUAACUUCAUUCAGUGAUAUACCGCCUCAUCUUAGAUCUCCUAAGCCUUUACAACCCAUCUCCUCUAAAACGCCGCAGUUCCAAUUGUGCUGCCAAAUAAUUCCAUAUCCCGCAUACUGGCUACUUACCAAAGCCAUGCUAUCUAUCCUGCAAAUAGUUCUUCCGUGAAUCGCCCCGAGUCAUUAAUCCCCCAACCUAGUUCAGGCUCCCAACCACCCAAGGUAAACUGCUCUCAAGUAGGUCAAGCUAACUCCUUUGACUUUCCACCUAGACCUGGUUUUCCACCCUCCACUUUAGAUAGCGACCUACCCCCCAUUAGCCUCUACCUUCCUUCUAGACUCCCUUUCCCUUCUUCCCCUCCUCCUCCCUCCUCCUACUCCUCCUCCGCAGACUAA